AUUAAAAAGCUAAUUAAAAGCCAACAUUUAAAGGAAAAAAAGAAUAAAACUCUUUCUGAGGGAGCGAGAUUUUGGGGUUCAUUCAUCAGUUGGUCAGGUUGGUUGUGAUCUUAAGACAUGGCUAUUGAAGAAGAAGAAACUAUAGAGCAAGCGGCGGCAGCUCGUCGUGAGAGGUUGAAAGCUCUCAAAGCUGCUCAACAACUUCUUGAAAAUCCCGAGGAUGAUGGAGCUCCGGACAGUGAUAAACCUGACGGUGAAAAUGGAACUGACGAUGAAGACAAUGAUGUCAAUGUCAAAUUCCGAAAUUACCUACCUCAGGAUAAGCAGCUUCAGGAGGGUAAACUUGCUCCACCCCAGUUACCGAAGUUUGAAGACCCUGUUACUAGUGAACCUCCAGUUGAAGAGAAAAAAGAGGAUCCUUUCUUGAACAUUGCCCCCAAAAAGCCAAACUGGGAUCUUAGAAGGGAUGUUCAGAAGAAACUUGAUAAGCUUGAAAAGCGCACACAGAAGGCCAUCUUUCAAGUUAUGGAGCAACAAGAAAAACAAAAGCUGUUGGCUGAAGAUGGUAGAGAAGAUGAUUCUGAGAACUCGAAAACAGCUUUCUAAGUGUCAAUGUUUCAGCUGCUUAGCAUAGCUGCUCAGUCAGUUGUUGAAUUGCUUAACCAAAUACGAGUGGACUUAAUGGCCAUUGACACUAUUAGAGGCUGCAAAAAGGUUGGUCCUAGUGGGUAAAAUGGGUCAAAGCAUGUGCAGGUUGACAUACCAACAUUUUUAUGAUAUAUAUCUGUUUUCUUGAUAACAAAUGUAUUGGGGUGUCUUCAGAUUAUUAAUUAGUAUACUGAUAAUUUAUGCUAUUGAAAACAUAAUUUUAAAAAAUUCAAUAUUUGUCUAGAAUCAAUUUUAAA